GGACCGUGUGAGAUGUCACUGCAGAGGAGCAAACUUGAAGAGAUGGAAGAGAUCUUCAGAAAUCAAGUGGGACCAAAGGAGCAUGAGGAAAGCCAAACAGAGAACUUAAGGGAUAGAUCUUGGCCAGGGGAGACAUUUCACAAAAAUCCAAUUCAGCAAGAAAAACCCAAAGGAAAGAAAAUGAACGUCUGCCCAAUCUGUGAGAAAAUCUUCAACCGUAAAUCGGACCUUAAUGUCCAUCGGAGAAUCCACACAGGUCAGAAGCAGCAUAAAUGUUUGGAGUGUGGAAAGAGCUUCAGGCAGGGUUCACACCUAACUGCCCAUCAAAGUAUCCACACAGGAGAGAAACCCUAUAAAUGUCUGGAGUGUGGAAACAGCUUCAGGCAGCUUGCAUAUCUCACAUCCCAUCAAAGAAUCCACACGGGGGAGAAACCAUAUAAAUGUUCUGUGUGUGGAAAAAGCUUCAAUAGGAGCACAAAUCUGACUUGCCAUCUAAGAAAACACACAGGAGAGAAACCGUAUAACUGCUCAAUAUGUAAUCGGAGCUUUUGCGACAAAUCGGGCUUUAAUCUACAUCAGUUAAUUCAUUCCAGGGAUAAGCCGCAUAAAUGUUUGGUAUGUGGCAAGAGUUUCAUUCGGCGUUCCCAGCUUACUUCUCAUGAAGGAAUCCACACAGGGGAGAAGCCAUACAAAUGCUUGGUGUGUGGAAAGAGUUUCCAUCGGAGCUCCAACCUUACAUCACAUCAGAGAAUCCAUGCAGGAGAGAAACCUUAUACGUGUUCCAUCUGUACCAAGAGCUUUUAUGAUAAGCAGCACCUUCUUAGUCAUCAGAGAAUCCACACAGGGGAGAAACCAUAUAAAUGUCUGGAGUGUGGGAAAAGCUUCAGUCAGAGGAUUUAUCUUACUUUACAUCAGAGAACUCACACUGGAGAGAAACCCUACAAAUGCAUGGAAUGUGGAAAGAGCUUCCAUCGGAGUGAUAACCUAACUUUGCAUCAAAGAACUCACACAGGAGAGAAACCAUAUAAAUGUUCACAAUGUGGGAAGAGCUUCAGCCAGAGCUCAAGCCUUACUUCCCACCAAAGAGUCCACACAGAAAAGAAAACUUACGAAUGCUUGCACUGUGGAAAGAGCUUCAGCCAGAGCUCAAGCCUUAUUUCCCAUCAAAGAGUCCACACAGAAGAGAAACCAUAUGUAUGUCUGGAGUGUGGAAAGAUCUUCAGUCAGAGAAGAAACCUUAUUAGACAUCAAAAAAUCCACUCCGGAGAGAAACCACAUCCAUGCUUGGAGUGUGGAAAGAGCUUUUAUGAUAAGUGUAAGCUCAAGAGACACCAGAAAAGUCACGGAGAGGAAGGAAAACCGAUAAUGUCUUGGAGCGUUGAAAUGGCUUCAGAUGGUGUGCCAGUCUUAUGCCCUCUCAGAGAAUUCAAACAGGAAGAGCACUAUAACGUUUCUGAGGUUGAGUAACAAAUGUCUUGUUCAUUUGGCCCUUAUAAACAUUAGAGAAUACCCGUUGGAGACACACCUUACCCUCCCUUCCUCAAAAAAAUACUUGGGGGUAUAGAAAGAGUGUCUGUGUCAACUAUAUUAAUGCACACGUUCUUUUGUGUACCAAGAUCUUUUGUGAGAAUCCGAACUUGGGUCACUUGAUGUUUGUGACAAAAGUUGGGUCCAAAUUCCUUGUGGCUUGACUGAGUAAUUUCUUCAGUAGCUGAGUGUUACUACUCAAUCAGCUUGCAUAAGCUUCUUUUCAUUUUCCCCGUGCCUUAAUUCUUUGCCUGCAUUUCUAUUUU